AUGCCUAACACCCGUCCCCUUGUCCGUGCGGCAUGCCAUAAUCUCUCCGGCAUGCGCCAUGCUUCUACUAGCGCCACGAAAAAGGCUGGCCCCCUCGCCGGCAUCACUGUCGUCAGUCUGGAACAAGCCAUAGCCGCUCCCUUCUGUACCCGCCAACUAGCCGACCUAGGAGCCCGAGUCAUCAAAGUCGAACGACCUGGCGUCGGAGACUUUGCUCGCAAUUAUGACACCCGCGUUAACGGCCUAGCCUCCCACUUCGUCUGGACCAACCGGUCUAAAGAGAGUCUCGCCUUGGACCUCAAAAAGCCGUCCGAUCACAGCGUGCUCAUGCGCCUGCUCGGCCGCGCCGAUGUCCUCGUCCAGAACCUCGCUCCCGGCGCCAGUGCUCGACUGGGUUUAUCCUACGAUGAUCUCAAAGCGGCUCAUCCAUCCUUGAUUGUGUGCAACAUCUCCGGGUAUGGUCCUGACGGACCGUACCGCGAUAAGAAGGCCUACGAUCUGUUGAUCCAGAGCGAGGCUGGCAUGCUCUCCGUCACGGGGACGGGAAAAGAGCCCGCCAAGGUGGGCAUCUCCAUCGCUGAUAUUUCCGCUGGUAGCUAUGCCUACUCCAAUAUCCUGGCGGCGUUGUAUCAGCGGGAGAGGGAUCCCUCGAAGCGGGGGUGUAACAUUGAUAUCUCCAUGUUGGAGAGCAUGGUUGAGUGGAUGGGCUUCCCUAUGUAUUAUACUUAUGAGAAUGCCCCGGGCCCGACACCAGCGGGUGCUUCGCAUGCGGCUAUCUAUCCUUAUGGCCCGUUUGAGACGGGAGAUGGAACGGUGAUGUUGGGGAUCCAGAAUGAGCGUGAGUGGGCUAAGUUCUGUGACAUCGUCUUGGGUCAACCCAGUCUUGCUACGAAUGAGCGGUUUGUGAAUAACUCGCUGCGCUCGCAGAACCGUGAUGAGUUGAAGAAGAUAAUCUGUGACGUCUUCUCGUCGCUUUCGGCGGAGCAGGUGAUUGCUCGACUGGAUGCAGCGGCGAUUGCUAAUGCCAGCGUCAAUGAUAUGCAAGGCGUCUGGAACCACCCACAGCUCAAGGCUCGGCAGCGAUGGACAGAUGUUAAGACGCCCGCAGGAAGUGUGCCGGCUCUGCUACCUCCUGGAAUGACCAUGGGGGAUGAGGAUACUUAUGGGGCGCGCAUGGACGCUGUCCCUGAUGUGGGUGAGCAUAACAAGGCUAUUCUGGCCGAGUUGGGGCUCGACGAGGGUACGGAGAAAUAG